CGUCACCCCUUACGUCUACCACCUGUCUUUUGUGUCACGUUUGUACAACAACAUCCCACCCAUCAUACCCACCUGGUAUAUACCUUUCAAUCAGAAGAAUAUACCCUCAACUAAAUAAGCACAAUGACCAUCACCGAACCCACCACCUCCCUCCCCACGCACCAACGCGCCGCCAUCCGCCAAGGCACCGGCCCGACCUCCACAACCACCAUCUCAACUAUCCCCGUCGAGAGACCCGGCCCGGGCCAAAUCCUCGUGAAAAUCACCUGGACGGGUCUCUGCGGCUCUGACAAGAGCCUCCUGCACGAUGAAUGGUCCGGUUUCGGGGUAAGUAUGAAGCCCGAGGCCAAGGGGAUCGCCGGCCACGAGGGGGUCGGGAGAGUAGUUGCCGUAGGCGAGGGGAUGGAGAAGCGAUGGAAGAUCGGUGACCGAGCCGGAAUUAAGUGGAUUGCGAGCGUAUGUGGGGAAUGCGAGUUCUGUUUGACGGGGACGGAUGAAGUGAAUUGCAUCAACCAGAAGAAUAGUGGGUUUACGAUGCCGGGGACGUUUCAGGAAUAUUGUCUUGCCGAUGGACGAUAUGCGUCUAGGAUUCCGGAUGGGGUGAGUGAUGAAGAGGCUGGGCCGAUGAUGUGUGGGGGGGUGACGGUUUAUGUGGCUUGUAAGAGGUCGAAUGUCAAGGCUGGACAGUGGAUUGUCCUCCCUGGUGCUGGGGGUGGGCUUGGUCACUUGGCUAUUCAAUUUGCGCGGGCCAUGGGCAUGAGGAUCAUUGCUAUUGAUAGUGGCGAGGAGAAGCGCGAGCUGUGCCAGCGGCUUGGGGCAGAGGUGUUCAUCGAUUUCCAGCAGACGCCCGAUGUGGCGGCAGAGGUCAUGAAGGUCACCAAGUAUGGUGCUCAUGGCAUUAUUGUGACAGCGGCCACCAAGGCUGUUUAUGCGGCGGCACCGGGGUAUCUUCGGCCAAAUGGCACGAUGGUGGCUAUUGGGUUGCCCAAUGAUCCUACGAUCUUGGCUGGUGCACCGCCGCUGAUGAUAGCACUCAAGAAACUGAACAUCGUGGGAUCCAUAACUGGUACUUUGCAAGACACCCAGGAGGCGCUGGAGUUUACUGCAAGAGGCAUUGUUCAUCCUGUUCUAACCAAGGGCAAAUUGGAAGACUUGGACUCAUGGGUCGAUAAGAUGGCCAAGGGCCAGCUGGCUGGUCGUACUGUCCUUCAAGUGAGCAGUGAUAACUGAGUCCAGCAUCAAGGUAUCAGUUGCCUGGAACACUUGAUCCACGAACUUUUUGGUAGGUUUGUGUACUGCAGAACAAAGCAAGAAACGUGGUCAUUCCUGUUCAUGUGAGGUCUCGAACUUAG